AUGCUAAAAUUAAACCAACCGGGUUGUUCUAGACGUACUGAGAAGAGAAGGGAGGAGACCUGCAGGUCUCGCUCUACAUUGGUGGCAGCGUUGGCGGGCCUACCUCCCUUCGCAGAAGACAUGAAUUCCGAAGACUGGCUCAUAACUACCAAAUUUGAUCUCCAUCUCUAUCCCCAGUGUCAAAGAAUACCCCUGAUUGUACGCGCUCUUGCUCAUGAUUUAUUUGUGGCCGCAGUCGGAGCCGGCAUCACCCACGACACCGACAUUGACCAAUGCUGCGAUACAUUGACCCAACACAUCAUCGAUCGAGAAGAGCAAACCCUUGUCAGGGACUUAUUUCUGCUUUUCCAAAAAGCCGACGAGGAUGACGAAGUGUACGCCAAGAACCUUCAACUUCUGGCAAAACGCGUUUUCCAUGGCUGUCUUCCAAACAAGGUCGCCAACUGGACAACGGUCCAGUUUAGACACGGAGUUUGA